AGCUCUAUCGUCACACUUGCUGCUGUUCUACACACACUCAGAGACAGAUCAGUAGUAAGUGUAGAAACGUACAAUAACGUAAUCUUGUGUGUUUAUAUGACACACUCAUUCGGCUUUUACCGGACAGGUUUACGACAGUAUUAACAGCAUGUUCCGUCUCCAGACCGCUAAAAAAAACACGAGACAGCUGCGGAGUUUAACUUACAGAGAUUAACCAGAAACAACCGACGGGAAGAUGAUUUUAAACGAUGAUAUUAAACACGCUAAACGCAUGAAGUUUCUGUCAGCCGCUUUUUACGCCUUCAGCUCGUUUUUCAUCAUCGUGGUGAAUAAAAGUAUUUUAACGCACUACAGGUUUCCUUCAUACAUGUUUCUUGGAAUUGGACAGAUGGCAGCAACAGUCGUCAUUCUCUAUGUUGCCAAAAUGAACAAAGUUGUCAGUUUUCAAGACUUUGACAGAAAUGUUUUCAAAAAGAUGUUUCCUCUGCCGUUGCUGUACGUUGGCAAUCACGUGACCGGUCUGGGGGGAACGAAGAAAUUGAGUUUACCCAUGUUCACGGUGCUCAGAAAAUUCACCAUCUUACUCACUAUGAUCAUGGAAUCAAGAAUAUUGAGAAAGUCUUUUCCUCCGUCUCUGGUGUGCAGUGUUCUGGCUAUAGUUCUCGGGGCUUUGGUGGCUGCCAGCUCAGAUUUGUCCUUCAACGCGGAAGGUUACACGUUUGUUCUGUUGAAUGACUUCUUUACCGCUGCCAGUGGCGUUUACACCAAAAAAACACUUGGAAUGGAGGGUCUUGGUAAAUAUGGAGUUUUGUUUUAUAAUGCGUUUAUCAUUAUAAUUCCCACUCUUCUGGCAAGCGCCUACACUGGAGAUUUACAGAAGGCGCUGAGUUUUGAUGGAUGGCUUUCUUUGACUUUUAUAUUUUAUUUUUUGCUGUCUUGCGUUAUGGGGUUUGUAUUGAUGUAUUCCAUCAUCCUCUGCAGUUAUUAUAACACGGCUUUAACCACAACAGUGGUGGGUGCUAUAAAGAAUGUAGCCGUGACAUAUGUUGGCAUUUUUGUUGGAGGAGAUUAUAUAUUCUCAUGGCCAAACUUUAUAGGACUGAAUAUCUGCGUGUCUGCGGGACUGAUCUAUUCCUACAUAACAUUCAACAGCAACAGCCCAUCAUCAGAACCCAACAUGAAACCAGUGGAGGACAAAAUAGCAAUUCACAUUACAGGUCACACUGGAGGUUUGGAGAAAACGUGA